CUUUCAUCAUCUUUACUCAAACCCCAUUUGAUAAAAUAAAAGGCAAAUAUUUCGAGAAAAUGGCGAUAAGUAAGUUUCUAUUGGUUUCUAUUUCUUUAGCGUUGGUUAUAGGUGUUGCAUGGAGUUUUGAUUUCCAUGAAAAGGAGCUUGAAACGGAGGAUAGUUUUUGGGAAAUGUACGAGAGAUGGAGAAGCCAUCAUAAAGUGGCUACAAACAACGACGAGAAGCAGAGACGAUUCAACGUUUUUAAAGCCAAUGCUUUACAUGUUCAUGAAACUAACAAGAUGGAUAAGCCGUAUAAGUUGCAACUUAAUAAGUUUGCUGACAUGACUAACCAUGAGUUCAGAAGCAUUUACGCAGGUUCCAAAAUCCAUCAUCAUAGGAUGCUGCAGGGUGAUCGAAUUGGUAAUAAGACGUUUAUGUAUGCUGAUGUCGAUAGGGUCCCUACUUCGGUUGAUUGGAGAAAGAAAGGGGCUGUCACUCCUGUCAAGGAUCAAGGGCAGUGUGGAAGUUGUUGGGCAUUUUCAACAGUGGUUGCUGUUGAAGGGAUAAAUCAAAUCAAAACCAAGGAGCUAGUAUCGCUAUCAGAGCAAGAACUUGUCGAUUGUGACACGGCAGAAAACGCAGGGUGUAAUGGAGGUCUAAUGGACUUGGCCUUUGACUUCAUCAAAAAGAGGGGAGGUCUAACUAAAGAGGAUUACUAUCCCUACACAGCUGCAGACGGUCGAUGUGAUGCUAAAAAGGAGAAUGCCCCUGUGGUAUCAAUCGAUGGACAUGAGGACGUACCUAAAAAUAACGAGGAAGCACUAAAGAAAGCAGUAGCCCACCAGCCUGUUUCUGUUGCCAUUGAUGCCGGAGGUUCUGAUUUCCAGUUCUAUAAAGAGGGAGUUUAUAAGGGAAAGUGCGGAACAGAACUGGAUCAUGGAGUGGCAGCCGUUGGAUACGGUACAACUCUAGAUGGAACUAAAUACUGGAUUGUAAAGAACUCAUGGGGAGCUGAAUGGGGAGAAAAAGGAUACAUCAGGAUGGAGCGAGAAAUAUCUGAUAAAAGAGGAAUAUGUGGCAUAGCAAUGGAGGCAUCUUAUCCCAUCAAGAACAACGCUGAGAACCCCAAAUCAUCUCCUAUGUCAUCUCUCAGAGACGAACUCUAGAUUACACAAAGACACACACUCGUGAACAAAGAAAGUCAGACAAACUUCUUAUUAAGUUCGUGUAGUGCUAAGUUUUAAUUUUUAUUCAUUAAACGUUAAAAUUUUAUUAUCUUGAUGUAAACAUUACACUUUGAUGGUGUACAAUUAUCUAAUAAAGAUUUCUGUUCUUCACAA